UGCAGUGUGUAAACAGCCGGAAAAGAGGGCAGAGAGGAACACCGCGUUCCCGCGCGGAGAACAAACGAGAGAGCAAAGGCAGAAUUCGAAGAAAGAGAAGUAGAGGGAACGGUUCUUCGCUCGAUUCUAGAGUUCUCCCCCGGCUCUGCUGUACGUAGUUCCAACGGGGGUAACGGAACGAGAGGGAGGGACAGUCGGGCAGCUCGAAAAACAACGAAAAUCACCGAGCGAGGAAAGGGAAAAAUUGGGAUCAGGGCACGCGAACGCUGAACCGCAAACACGAAAGUAUGGAUUGAAAUAAAUAGACCGAAGCAACGUAUCGAAUAAAGGGAAGAAAGGCGAGGGGUGGCGAUGCCAGAGUGGAAGGGAGAGAGGGAGAAGUACGGGCGGCAGUGGUGGAAGCAGUGGCGCCUUUAAAGAUGGCUUCGGUGGGUAGCAUGGCGUGGAGCGAGCAAACCGAAAAAUUGUGGAAAAUCCUUGAAGAGUUCGCGAGUAUCGGGUAAACAGGGUGCCGGACCGUGUAUCGGAGAAACAGUCGAGAGGGUGUGUUCGUGGCGGCCGCGAGCAAAGCGCUCGUGAUUCGAGGAUGUUCGGCCGACCGUGGAGGGGAAGAGGAAUCUCGACGCGAUGCGGAGAGAGCAGACGAAUCUAGCCGCACUCGUCAUACUACCCCGUGUCGAGUGACAGUCGCUUACGUAACGGAUUAUUCUCGCUAUGAUAACGAUAUUCCAGCCGCGGACGCGAAACAAGAAACUAUUUUACCGGGUUAUUCGCGGCGGCGCUGGCCAGCAGCAAUCCGCUCGAAAUAAGCAUCGCGACUGACCUGAAUUUCCUCUGUCGCUCGUCCCGAUAUCUCAGCGUGUUACGCUCCCGUUCGACGCUGCGCUGCCCGUUCUCACCUUCAUCCGGGAGUCGCCGGGAAAUAACCGAAACGGAGCUGGUCGUCGCGGUGGAAUGAAAUUAUGACAGCGGCGCUCGUCAUGGAAAACGUGAAUUGGGAUCCCGCGUUGUCCAAGCUCUUGAAUUCUCUUCAAGAGAACAAAAACGAAAUACCCAGCUGCACGGACGAGGAGUUCGGCUUCCUGAGCGAUUUGCUGCAGUCGAAGGAAUUGAACGCAUUGGUGAAUGUCCACAAUAAAAUUGUGAACAAUGUCAAGGACGACAAGUUCUUCCCGGUUCUCUCGAAUUCCAUGGACAUCGACAUCGAGGUUUUGGACUUGCUGUCGACGAAAACGCACAUCUCGAAAGACUGCAAAGAGUUGUUCCAUCUUCUCCAAAAACCGCACAUACAGGGCCUUUUGUGCGCGCACGACGCGGUCGCUCAGAAGGACUAUUAUCCCCGUUUGCCGGAAAUCCCUCUGGAAGUGGACGAGGACGAGGAAACGGUGAAGAUCGUGCAGUUGGUGAAGUCGAACGAGCCCUUGUGUGGCACUGGCGGUGAACCGAUCGUGGGGGCGACCAUAAAAACGUGCGAAGACACCGGCAAGAUCGUGAUAGCGCGAAUAAUGCACGGCGGAGCAGCCGAUAGAUCCGGUCUCAUUCACGUCGGCGACGAGGUUUGCGAGGUCAACGGCAUCAGCGUCGAGGGGAAAACUCCGAACUGUGUUCUCAAGAUACUGCAAAAUUCAGAGGGCACGAUCACGUUUAAAAUUGUUCCGGCGGACAGCAAAGGAGGUAUUCGAGAAAGUAAGGUACGCGUCAGGGCGCAUUUUUCGUACAAGGCUUCGGACGAUCCGUACAUACCUUGCAAAGAGGCUGGACUCGACUUCACCAAGGGUGACGUUCUUCACAUCGUCAGCCAGGAUGACGCUUAUUGGUGGCAGGCCAGACGCGAAGGUGAUCGAAAUAUGAGAGCUGGCUUGAUCCCCAGUAGAGCUCUUCAGGAAAGACAAAUUAUUCUUCAGAGACAAAAGAAGGAAAAAACCGAUGACGACAAUAUAAGCUUGUGUUCUGUUCCAGUGCCUUUGCCUUCAUUGUGCCCCCGUCCCAGUACCUCUUUGCACGCCUCGCCCACAAAGUGCAACUUGCAGGGAGUAAAAACUAAAAAAAUCAUGUAUGACGCUGCAGAGAACGACGAUUUCGACCGGGAAGAAAUACCGACCUACGAAGAGGUCGCGAAGCUCUACCCGAGACCAGGUCUCUACCGGCCGGUGGUUCUGAUCGGGCCACCGGGAGUUGGCAGGAACGAGCUCAAGAGGCGACUCAUGGCCGCCGAUCCCGAUAAGUACAAGACGCCCGUGCCUUAUACCUCGAGACCACCGAGACCGGGCGAGAUCAACGGUAAAGAGUACCAUUUCGUGAGCCGUGAAAACAUGGAGGAGGAAAUCGACGCUGGCAAGUUUAUAGAGUACGGCGAGUACAAGGGCAAUCUGUACGGUACCAGUUCCGAGAGCGUGAGCUCCUUGAUAAACGCCGGUUACGUGUGCCUCCUGAACCCGCACUAUCAAGCUCUCAAGAUGCUGCGUACGCCGCAAACGAAACCGUACGUGAUAUACGUGAAACCGCCGAGGUUCGAAAUAUUGAAAGAAACGAGGAACGACGCAAGAGCCAGAUCGACCUUCGACGAGAGCAACUCUCGGGGAUUCACGGACGAGGAGUUUCAAGAAAUCCUGCACAGCGCGGCCAGGAUAGAAUUUCUGUACUCCCAUCUGUUCGACGAAGUGAUAGUGAACGCGGAUCUCUCUAUGGCGUUCGAGCAACUGGUGAACGCGGUUCAUCGAGUAGAAUCGGAACCGCUCUGGGUACCUGCUUCGUGGGUUCAAUAAAUCUCGCUUGGACGAGAACAGACCGAACGGUCGAGAAGACCGGGACGAACGAGUCUGUUUGUUAUCGAUGCUCCCUAAACACUUACAUAAGACCGACGAUGCUUUUCUUGAAGUUUCUCAGGCAAAAUUCUUCGGUAAACCGCAUUCGGACUUUCUCCUCCUAUCUUCUACGAUGUUUAGAGUUGCCCGAUACUUCCGAGUAAUACUUUCUACCCGUAGACACGCGUAAGCCGUGAGUUCGAGCUUACAGGUAUUUCUAUCACAUAUUCCAUUACGAGCGAUCGUUUCACGUUAGCUCCGUCGUCACCGCCAGGUCGCGAGCAACACUCCUCAGAUAAUGAAUCGGUGGUUCGACGUGGGACUUGACGAAUACCCGCGGUUUAUCGAAUAUUUUUGCAAAAUAAAAAAAAUACCUUGUUCCAAAUGGUUCCGUCGUUACACGGUCCGUUGCGCGUUCGACGCUCAUUUUUAAGAUCUGGACUGCCUCGGGUCGCGAACCCGGCGAUCGCGUCGCGACUUAUCGCCGGCGAAUGCAAAUCGGUCUGUCUACGAGGUAUGUAGAUCAGCGACGCGUCUCAAGGUGUAUCGAGGGGAACGCAAGAACCGCGUUAAUGUUCUUACGUAAUACUGGGAUCAACGAUUGUAAAUGAUGCAUCGCUUGGACGGAUAGGAAAUUUAAAGUAAUUCGAAAUGUUCGACAUUGAGAUAGGCGCGAACGCGCACGCGCGCGAGCGCUGCUACCACGCAUGACCUUUGAUCCCAAUUGUUGUUGAUUGUUGCCAAAUAAGUAUCGUACCUAGAACAUGGUGGGAAUCACCUCACGUUUAUUGUAUUUUUCACUCGAUCAGCAUUGCCACGAUAUCGCUAUUUUUUUCAUAAUUAAAGGGCUGCCAGCGCGAGGAACGUUUAUGCGCGCUAUCGUGUCAGCGUUGCAUUAAAUAGCUCAUCCUCGAUGUAAACUCUGUAUGUUAUCAGAAAUAU